AUGGCACACAACCCGGAGCCCGAUUACCACAAGCGAAAACGCCACGACGAAGACAGCCUCGGUAGCUUGCAAUCCGAUCGCAUCCCGCACCCACCCGCAUCUCAAUUAGUUGAACAGACGCCCAUCAAGUAUCUAGCAAAGCACCCCCUUGGGAAGCUCAAGAUUCUACACGGCGACAGGGAAACAUUCGCGGAAGCCUUGCAUUUCCUGAGCGAGUAUGAUGAUGUCCUCAACCGACAUGAGAGUCUGGCCUCCGGUCUGGGAGCAAAGCUCAUGGGGCCGCGUUUGUUGAAAGGAAUGGAGAGCGUUUUCAUAGGCCCCAUCAUUACGACGCCUGCUCAAAAUGCCUCCUCCAACGACCCGGUCACCUGGCUUGAUAUUAUCGAAUUCGCGAGAGCGAAGCCCGGCGAACUGACAGUAACUCAGUCACCCCACGGGAUCCGAUGCUGCCAGUUUAUGCUCAAGGGUGUCCAGGUCGAGAUCACCGAGGAUGACUGGCGCUUGAUAGUCUCUGGCGCACUGGAUCGAACCAGCUUCAUCCGCAGUCAACCUGUGGAGGAAGACGAGAUAGCUGAGCUAGCAACCAUCACCCUACUAGAGCCGCACUUUAAUGCGCUGAUCAAGAAGGUAGAUGAAAUUGCUUACAAGGCUCGGCAGGUCAAUUAUAGCAUGGGCAAACGGAAAGUCGCCAUCAUGAGUCGGUAUCCACAUAAACAGAAAAUGUUCGGAAGCUCUGGCUUCCGAGCAGUGAACCAGCCUGGCCAGGGGCCGGGGCCGCAGCAUGGGUAUGACAUAUUUGCCGACUUGAACCAACAGAUCGCCGCGGCAGAGGUAGCAGCAGCGUCAGCGGCUGCAGCGAAUAAUCCCCCUCGGCUGCCAUCAAUCAGUUCCGUACCUCCUACACCCGGCACUCUUGCUACUGCGGCAUCUACUCCUAAGAACCCACCGCCACAGCAAGUCUACACAUCGCAGAGCGGUCACCCAUCUCCAAAUCAACACUCUGAAUCUGGUUCGAAAGAAGCCGACGAGGAACACAGGAGUUUAGUUACGGCCAGGAUAGAUAAAGUUUUACGAGGACACGAGAUCAAACCGCCGUGCGACAGAUGCCGGAGGCUCAAGACCACGUGCGUAAAGCAUCUGACCGCCUGCCAAGGGUGCACAAAGAAGCAUGCAAGAUGCGCAUGGAAGAAUCUCACAGACGAAGAUAUCAGGUGGCUGAUCAGGGAAAGCGGUGGUGGUGAAGAUGAUAUUGAUGAGCAGCGGGAGCGUCGGCCUGGCAGUCACUCGGCGCCGGGUUCGCAGCACGAGUCCGCGGAACCCCGGCGAGACUCGGAGCAGAGCGAAGAUGCAAUGCCCAGCAGACCCGGGUCGAGGAUAGCCAUUGGCAGACACUCGGGUGAUAUAUGGAGGAAAGGCACGAGCGCGAGUGUCCGGCACGAUACCAUGGAGAUCGAGGUCGAUCCGAGAGACCCGCGAAACAUUCGGCACCUCACGGAACAUCCCAACGCCCACGACUUUAGGACGAGGGAUCCCAAUCCCAUGUUGCUGAGCAGGGUCGCCACGGCAGCAUCCGCGGCAGCCGAUGCUGCUGCGGCUUCAAGGAACGGCCGGCUUUCCUAG